CAACCGGACAUUAAACACAAGAACCUCGCCAUGCCAGCACUACGGAUAUUGGUGCCCGUCAAGCGGGUAAUUGACUAUGCGGUCAAGCCGCGCGUCAAUAAGGCGCAGACGGGCGUCGAGACGGCCGGCGUCAAGCACAGCAUGAACCCCUUCGACGAGCUGUCCGUCGAGGAGAGCGUGCGCAUCCGCGAGAAGAACAGGGCUCCCGGCGGCGUCGAAGACAUUUGUGUCCUCAGUGCAGGCCCCAAGAAGGCCGAGGACAUUCUCCGCACUGCCAUGUCCAUGGGCGCCGACCGGGGAAUCCACGUCGAUGUGAAGGAGGGAGAGGACCUGGAGCCCCUGACAGUAGCCAAGCUGCUCAAGGCGGCUGUCGAGCAGGAGAAGAGCAACCUCGUGAUUCUCGGCAAGCAGAGCAUCGAUGACGACGCCAACCAGACGGGCCAGAUGCUGGCGGGCUUGCUGGGGUGGCCGCAGGCGACGCAGGCGAGCCAGGUCGAGUUUGGCGAAGGCGACACAGUCAGCGUCACGCGCGAGGUGGACGGCGGCGUCGAGACGGUGCGCGCCAAGUUGCCCAUGGUCAUCACGACGGACCUGCGCCUCAACGAGCCCCGCUUUGCGACCCUGCAGAACAUCAUGAAAGCCAAGAAGAAGCCGCUGGCGAAAAAGACGCUGGCCGACUUUGGCGUCACAGCCGAGAGGCGGCUCAAGGUGCUCAAGGUCACGGAACCACCAGCGAGGCAGGGCGGCGGCAAGGUCGAGGACGUGGAUGGACUGAUUUCUAAGCUCAAGGGGCUCGGCGCUAUCUAGAGGAUCCUGUACAGGUACAGUACAACUACCUUAGCACUCGAAUGUGCCUCGAGAAUACAUUAGGGCCAUGGCGUGUGCACUUGGUACGGUGCAUGAGAUGCGAUCUUGGAUAUCCGUGAGGUGAGGACAGCCAUGGACGUCAUCCCGCAGCCUGGCCUCCAAACCAGAUCCUCGAUUGCCCAACAGGUCAAUUACUCUUCGAAACGGAUUUCGGACCCCUCUACUCGGUAGGCUCAUUGCACUCUUGCGAAAGAACAUGCAUCCUGCAAUCCGACGAAAUACCAUGUGAGAACCGGUGUGCGAUCCGCCGUUGUUGCUGUCACUUGACUCACUUCCGAAGCCGCAGCGAGAAUGGGAGCAACUGUCCCGAUCGAGGAAAGCUCAAGCG